UACAAAAGUCUCUUAUUUUAUUUUGCAGGUUCUCAUUCUUCAAGGCCCCAAGCAGGAAGUUACUGCUCUCUGCCCAUCCCCAGAUGGCUUGCAUUUGGCCAUUGGAUAUGAGGAUGGUUCAGUCUGUUUGUUCAGUCUCUUAAGUGGUGAAAGAAAUGUCACAUUCAAUGGCCAUAAAGCUGCUGUUAUUGUCCUGAAAUUUGAUGAGCUGGGAGGACAUUUGGCAUCAGGAUCAAAGGAUACAGAUAUCAUUAUUUGGGAUGUGAUCAAUGAGAGUGGUUUGUACCGAUUGAAAGGCCACAAGGAUGCAAUUACACAACUGUUGUUCUUGAAAGCAAAGAAUAUAUUGAUUUCUAGUGGAAAAGAUACUCUAGUAAAAUGGUGGGACCUGGAUACUCAGCACUGUUUUAAAACAUUGGUUGGGCACCGCUCUGAAGUGUGGGGGUUAGCUUUAGUUUCUGAAGAAAGGCUUCUUAUCACUGGGUCUGCUGACAGUGAACUGAGAGCGUGGAACAUCACAUAUUCCCAGGAGGACCGAGACUCUAGUGAGCCUGAAUACAAGAGGAGCAAAGGGCAUGUACAGAGCUUGGAAGAAUCUUCUGAAGUUGAUAAAGCAGAUGGUCAGGAUGAGAGCCAAAAUGAG